GUUAUUCGUCUACAAUUAUUUCGUCAAGUCAGUGGUACGCAAAAGAGAUUCUUUUCAUUAUGCACUGGGAGCUGUUGGAAGAAAAUUCUGGGGUGUUCUACAGUGAUAUGUUGGACGAAUAUUUCAUUGCCGAUGAUACUUCUGCAUCUCCUGAAGAAGUAAACAGGAUUAUUCGUUCCCAUAAACUUCUUCAACCAAAGUACGUAGAAGAGGAUGAGGAUGAUUGUUCAGUACAUGGGGAACACAAAGACACUUCAGCAGGUCAUGAGGAAGUCAACAAGAUUAUUCGUCCCAAUUCCAUUCUUAGACCACAUCAUGCUCAAGUAGAUGACGAAAUCUCUGCAUUACGUGGACAAGACCAAGACACUUUUGCUGGUGCGGUUGCAAGUGCCAGCGGAAGUUGGGUGGUCAGCAUCGGAAACAUCCCUUGGAAGAAUUAG